CGACACUUCUACAUCAUCAGUUUAUGCCGGGGGAGAAAAGACGUCAGAUGCAUUGAGAGUCAGUGUGUUGUAAGCGUGCCAUGUGCUGAGUGAAAGGUUGCUGCGGGGAAUGGGCAGGGAAAAAUACUCUGCGGGCUGUUCUUUUAAAAGACUCAAGGAGACUAUAAAACUAGUUUCUUGCCCAUUGUGUAAGGCUCGGCUUGAAAUGCGCCAAGUCGGAGGAAGGCAGGACUGAUAAAGGAGAGCGGACCAGUCGCAGUGUAUCCUUUCUUCGGCUUUUCUCCGGUCGGAACACUGCCCGUUUGGGCACGCGACAGAACUCGGUGAAUGUUUCAGUCUUCAUCUUUCGUCUUUGUGAGAUUUCAAGAACGCGGAUUUUUUUUCUUUCUUUCAUUUUUAACCAAUCUGUGGAAGUGGUGAAAGUGUUAUUUUGAUGUGUAUGUUUAGAUUUUCUUGGUGAAGAGAUGCGCGGCUUCUCAUUGAACCUCCAGCACUGACACAUUUAUUAUUCCCCCUCUUCUGGACUCGCUGGCCGGCUGUUUUCCCGCAGGGAAAGGCAUUUAGAAACUUUUCAGGCAGUAUAUUUGAAGCCACGGAAAUGGGAACGUGUCACCGGGAGUGCGUGUCUGCGCUUUACCGGAAAAGUUUCCGUUGGAUUGUGCUGCUGCUGGGGCUGACCUCCGCAGCUCACGGGACCUGGAGAACGGGGCUUUACAAAUACUCUACCGGGACCCAGCUGAACAGAGACCCGUCGGCUUCUCAAACCUCAGUCUAUCAAAAAAGGAACUGGUGUCCCCACGCGGUGACUAAGACAGUGACGUGUCAGGUGCAGAACGGGACAGUUCUUCAGCGUGUGUACCAGACCUGCCGCUGGCCCCAGGGCUGCACCGGGGGCAGCUACAGGACCGUGGUCAGGCCGUCCUACAAGGUGGUGUAUCGCAGCGUGUCCUCUCUGGAGUGGAAGUGCUGCCCUGGCUUCUCUGGUGCGGCUUGUGAGGAAGAGACGGGGAACCAGCUGGUGUCUCAGGAGGCUGUGAGGAAGCCGUCCACGCUCCGACGUCCUCCUGCCCGCGCCGGAGAGCCCUCCUCCAGUUGCUUCAACUGCAGUCGAAUCACAGCCCUGACUGACCGACUCAGCUCCCUAGAAGCCAAGGUCCUGCUGCUGUCUGUUCCUGCCUCCUCACAGCGCCCCCUCCAGGGAGAAGGAGGAACAGCACCAGACUCCUCUCUCCUGGGGGCCCCGCAGGCUAAAGGGGCCCUGGGAGAGCAGGGGCCCGCAGGCCCACAGGGGGAGAGAGGGACAGAUGGCACGCCAGGCGAGACGGCCACGGCAGGAUCCCGGGGCCUGCCCGGCCCGGCCGGACCCAGCGGCCCCAGGGGCGAGGCGGGGCUGAAGGGCCCCUUGGAUCCCCCGGCAGCAAAGGGGUCCUCAGGACCAGUGGGCCCCCGCGGCCCCCCCGGGCUCCCAGGAGAGAAGGGUCUGCCCGGGCCCCCCGGGCCCCCUGGCCCCCCAGCACCCGCCAUCGCAGAGUCAGAGCGUGGUCAGGGCAAAGAUCACUUCAUCUCCAACACCUUCCUCGACCAACGAGGUAAACCUGUCCCUGGCCCUCAGGGACCCCCUGGGCCUGCUGGGCCCCCAGGCCCCCUGGGGCCCGUCGGACCCCCCGGCCCCGCUGGACAGAACGGCAAGGCAGGGCCCCCUGGGAUGCAGGGCCCUGUGGGGCCUAGAGGGGAACGGGGAGAGAGGGGCUCUCUGGGCCAUCCAGGAGAGAGGGGCUUCAAAGGAGAACAUGGCGCUCCUGGAGUCAAAGGGGAGCCAGGGGACAAGGGUCUGCCGAACAAUCUGAAUGGAGACGGCAUACAUCAGAUCAGAGAAGCCCUGAAGAUCUUAGCCGAGAGGGUUUUAAUCCUCGAGACUAUGAUUGGUAUCCAUGAGCCUGAUCUGGGGUCCGGAGACGGCCCGUAUGGCACAGAACCCCCGGGGUUCUACAGGGGCAAGAGAGCCGGAGUCCUGCCCCACCGCCCCCCCUCUCCCCCUCGGUCCUUGGACACCAAGCUUCUGGGGAAGUAGCCCCCAGGUUGUCCCUGAGGAUCCCCCACCCCCCCCUCCCUGACCUGAUACUACCUGUUCCAUCGGGCUGUACCAUCAGAUGAAGAGCAUGUGUGUGGGGAGGGGGGGUGCCUCAGGGAAACUCCACUGACGCUCCAGUCCACCUUCCGUUUCCUCAACUCCACCCCCGUCCCUGAGGACCCAGUGGUUUCUCCCGUGUAGCUUUCCCAUGGCCGGGGCCAGAACCAACUAGGGGCUCACAGAAAACCAUGUCACCACAUUCAUGAUACAUAAAAGGAAAAGCCCAUAUGGAAUAUCUCUUGUGGUGCUCGUUUAACUGAAAGCAGGUCUGGACGAGUUGUUAGAUGAGAGCGUGGCGCGAGGCAUCAGAGAAGACAGGCUGCCUCUGAAGAUUCGCCUGGACGAUCACACUGUCUGAAAUCUCUGAGGUUUACUUAUUUAAAUAUUUUGAGCAUGUACAGUUUUCAGGACACCAAAACACAAACCUCUUCUCUCAUAUUCUUUUUAUUGUUAUAUUUCCAUUAUAUUGUUUUACUUAUGUAGUGCACUAUAAAGAUGAAGACGGCACAGACCUUCCUUGCUGAGAUUAAUAUGAAAAGGUAUACAUUAAAACUAGUUCAGACAGUUAUGUGGUAAGUGCUUUACCACCUCGAUUUGUUUUGAGAAUUUGUAUUUACAUUCUGCAGUGAGAUACAAGAAAUUGCAAGAAGUAUAGUGUUAAUGUUCACUUCACAAUGCAGUUUUUUUUUAGACAGGGUUACAACAACAUGAAACCCUGUAUUACAAAAAUAUUUCAUUUAAACACAGCAAUCCUCCUAUUUGUAAGAAAUAGUACCACAAAUAUCCCCCAGCAUGGUAAAACUAUUACAUCAUAGAGCAGCUUCUCUCACAAGCACACAACACACAGAUCAGGAGUUCAAACUGUUGACGGAACUUGAAGACAUUUCUGUAUUAUUUCGUACCACUGUGACAUUCUUUUUAAGACUGAAUUCUCUUGUCACAGUAAAAAAUAAAUAAAAA